AUGGCAUACUAUCAGCCCUCCGUUCCGGCGGUUAACCCAAACAAUAAUGCCAAUGGAAACAAUGGAUUUUUCCAACCAUCACAACAGUACUCAUUCCCACAGGGGUCCAUGGCCUUCGGUAACGACGCUCAGGGAUCCGGUAUGGACUUUUCUGGUGGAAAGUCUAAUGGAACACCAGCGAACUUCUCCAAUGAACAGUUGAAGCCCGGGCUAUUUAAUGCGUUAUCCACCAGUGGAUACUCAUAUGAACCCACUUUGUUAGAAGAAUUGGGUAUCAACUUCGAUCACAUCAUUGCCAAGACCAAGUUUGUGCUUGUGCCAUUUUCAUAUCAGGGCUUAUCCAGAGAGAUUCAAGACGACUCUGAUUUGGCCGGACCUAUAAUAUUUUGGUUGCUCUUCGGUAUCUUGUUGCUUACCGCAGGGAAAGUGCAUUUCGGUUACAUCUAUGGAGUUGCCUUGUUUGGCUCGAUAUCCCUUCAUACGCUUCUAAAGUACAUGAGUGAUGGAGCACACCAAAAUCAGCAGCAAUUGCAAUCGCAACCGGGUUCGUCGCCUAAUGUAACCAGCAGCAUCUCAUACCUAAGAAGUGCCUCGAUUCUAGGAUAUGCCUUCUUGCCAUUAUGUUUCCUGGCGCUAAUUGGCAUUUUCGUGGGUCUAAAUAACACAUUCGGUUACAUCAUGGGUAUUCUAACGGUUAUGUGGUCUACGUGGUCAUCUUCUGGUCUUUUCACUGUUUCCUUAGAUCUUCACAACGUCAGAAUUCUAAUAGCAUACCCAUUGUUGAUUUUCUACAGUGUAUUCGCACUUAUGGCCAUCUUUGUUUGA